AUGUAUCCUCUACGACAAGCUACCCUCAGAUGCGUGAGAUUGGUUUCGACAUCUCGAGGCCCGACUCUCAAACAUUACAGUAGCAGCGGCAGAAACCUGGCACAGACAUCAGCUGCCGGAGAGCAGAUUUCGCAGACGGCAAAGGCAGAAGGUGGUCCGGCCAAAGGCGCAAUGUCAGCAGAGAUGCAGAGUCAGGUCGGAAAGGCUAGAAAUUUCGAGCAAGCUGCCCAAGAGAUUGGCCAGAAAAUGCAGAGUGACCCAGCCGCAGUGUCAUCUGAGGAUGCCGCUUACUUGAAGUCUCGCGAAGCCCGUGCAAUCGGUCAAGGACAGCCACCAGCAGACUCUAUCAGCGCCGACGCGCAACGUCUUGCCUCGAUGAACGAAGGCAACACAAAGCUGAAGGACGCCAAUGAUAUGGAUCCCGCGGAGCAGUCCGCAGCCGACCGCAUCGAGAACUUUGAAAAUGUCGCUGAGCAGGUGGCACCAAAGCUUGCAACCAAUCCCGAACAGGUCACAAAGGACGAGGCCGAUCUGUUGCACUCUCGAGAGCAGCGUGCCUUCGGAAACACUUCCAAGGGCGGAGUCGCCAGUCAGGCUCAGAGUGCUGUGGCAGAGAAUGAGACGAAGGGCAGCAAGUAG